AAAGUGCACAUCAAACUGCUCACGCAGACGAGAAUGGACCCUCUCCUUCUCAGGCGGAGGGGGUGGAGGCAGCUUGGCCAACACAGCAGCAUAUUCGGAGUCAAAUUGUCCGAGCUUGCUGUAGUUCGACAUUAGUAAGGUUUGAUUCGCGCCUUCGAUGCUCCAUCAUUUAUACUGCGUAGAUCCUUUAUGAUUUGCACUGCAUUGACGCGCUAGUCGAUGCUGUUGUGCCAUUGGCUCGGGCGGCGUGAUACCGCACUUUGUGUGCGUUGGUGCGGAGUCAGCAGAAUCCAUGCGCCAUGACAUUCACUGCAACCUCCUAUGUAGGAACCGUGCACGGGAUGAUGAAAGCACUGCAGCGUGUAGCCCUACAGCGCCCGCAUAUCAUAAGAACCUCCUGGGAACGUGCCACUACGUGUGAUCAUGAUAGUGAUAGGCAACAACGAGUCACCAAGGUGCUAGUCACUCGAUCGACAUAAGAUAAGCACUUUUUCAUGUCUGAACAUCAGCACAUAGGAGAGGAAAUUUUCAUGCUUGAGGACAUCUAUCCAAUAAAUCAUAUCCUGAAAAGUGAUAUCCCAGUGUUGCUGUAAGACGUUGUACCAAG